UGGGCGAAAGAUGUGAUUCGUAUUCAUAGACAUGAAGUUAGUUACUUCGUUAUCGUAAAUAAUAAUAUGGGAGUGUUAUUUUCACAAUAGUCAUUCGUACGCGACACUGUUUUAUUUUGGUGUUUUAGGUUUUAGUAGGGUAUUAAAAAUUAAAAUGAAAUACAUAUUCUUUAUCGGUUUGUUAAAUAUUUUUCUAAUCGGUCAAGCAAUAUGUGACGAUAAAAACAUACCAAUAGCCAUUACAACUUGGUGGUUCUACAAUGCUACUAUUAAAGCCUGGGAUGUCUUGAAAGAGGGUGGUACAGCUUUGGACGCUAUAGAGCAGGGUGCGACUGUCUGUGAGGUACAGCAGUGUGACGGCACAGUCGGUUAUGGUGGAAGUCCUGAUGAAGACGGAGAAACAACUCUGGAUGCACUCAUUAUGGAUGGGAAAACAAUGAACGUAGGUGCCGUAGGAGCUUUACGUAGAAUAAAGAGUGCAAUUUCUGUGGCCCGUCAUGUCAUGGAGCGAACAAAGCAUUCUUUUCUUGUUGGAGAGUUAGCAACACAAUUCGCUGUACAAAUGGGAUUCAAAGAAGAACCACUUACCACACAGCAGUCCAAACAAAUGUGGAUGAAAUGGCACAACGAAGAUAACUGCCAGCCAAACUUUUGGAUGAAUGUCAAGCCGGAUCCGUCUAAGUACUGCGGGCCUUACAGUACUCUGGAUAAUUUCCGACGUGAGUCUCCUGCGAGUAAUGUCAAGGUGGAUCGAUAUAACCAUGACACGAUAGGAAUGGUGGCGAUAGAUGGUAACGGUGAUGUCGCGGCAGGCACUUCCACUAAUGGCGCACGAUUCAAAAUACCUGGGCGAAUCGGUGAUUCUCCCAUACCUGGUUCGGGAGCAUAUGCCGAUAAUUCGGUAGGUGGUGCUGCGGCAACGGGCGACGGUGACGUCAUGUUACGGUUUCUACCAAGUUUCCUAGCCGUAGAAGAGAUGAGACGUGGAGCAACGCCAACCGAUGCCGCCCGUACAGCAGUUCUGAGAAUAGCAGCGCAUUAUGAGGACUUCAUGGGCGCCGUGGUGGCUCUAAAGAACGACGGACAGUAUGGUGCCGCGUGCCAUGGCAUGGAUACAUUCCCCUUUGUGGUGCAAGAUAAUACGAAAGAGUCAUUUAGAGUAGAAACAGUUCAAUGUUUGAAGUAGUUUAGAAUAAAAUUGAAUAUAUUAUUUUAA